AUGACCAGUUUUCUAUUUUCGAAGCUUGAAAAAUCAAAAAAAAACUGGAAUUAUAGAGAAGGCUUAAUCAAAAUAAAUUCCUGGACAAUGCUCAGAAAGCUGUUAAACAGACUAUUCAUGACAUCCGGGAAUAAAGUUAUUGUGAUUGCAGGGACAACUGGUGUUGGUAAAUCACAGUUGUCUAUUGAGUUAGCGAGCCGUUUCAAUGGCGAAGUGAUAAAUUCUGACUCGAUGCAGGUUUACAAGAAAAUACCGAUUAUUACCAAUAAGCAUCCCUUGGAGGAGAGAAACCGAAUUUCCCAUCAUGUUAUGAAUCAUGUAGACUGGACUGAAGAAUACUACUUGCACAGGUUUGAGAAGGAGUGUUUUGCAGCAAUAGAUGACAUUCAUAGCAGAGGGAAAACACCAAUUAUUGUGGGCGGUACGCAUUAUUACCUGCAAGUAUUGCUUAACAAACACAUGACUUCGGAGAAGCGGGCGCUAACAGAUGAGCAAAAGAAUAUACUCUUUUCGAAUAACCCAGAGAUGGUUUAUAAGACAUUGAAGGAUCAUGAUCCCGUUAUCGCCAGCAAAUUUCAUCCAAACGAUACAAGACGAGUUCAAAGGAUGCUGGAGAUAUAUUACGAAACAGGUAAAAGGCCGAGUGAACUAUACUCUAAACAAUCUACCCAGCUAAGAUAUGACACUUUAUUUCUGUGGCUCCAUAGUGACUACCAGCCGUUAGAAUCGCGACUUGAUGAAAGAGUGGACAACAUGUUGGGAAGUGGAGGACUAGAAGAGAUUGAAGAGCUUUACAGAUUCUAUAAGGAUAAUAAAUACAGUCUUACGCAAUGUGAAAACGGUGUUUGGCAAGUGAUCGGGUUUAAGGAGUUUUUGCCCUGGCUAGAGAAGGAACAAAAUAUAACGUUGGAACAAUGUACCGAGCGGAUGAAGAUAAGAACUAGACAAUAUGCUAAAAAGCAGGUUAAAUGGAUAAAGAAGAUGCUGGUACCAGAUGUUAAGGGUAAUAUAUAUAUGUUAGACGCUUCUGAUUUGACUCAAUGGAACCUUCUCGUAGCAGACAGAGCCAAAAAAAUCACCGAAGAGUUCAUCCAUGAUCGUGAAAUGACAUAUGAUUUUGCACCAGAGAGACUGAAAACGCUGUUAGUCAGUCGAGAUAUUCCUGUUCGCAAACCCGAUGACUGGAAGCAGUUCUCGUGCUCUAUUUGCCUGGAUCAGAAAGGCAAAAACCUAAUCAUUAUCGGAGAAAAAAAUUGGAACAUACAUUUGAGAAGUAAACGGCACAAGUCUAAUUUGACAAAAGGGUUGCGAAAGCUCCAGUUUGAAAAGUGGAAAGCUGAUCAAAGGGAGAAACAUGUAAUAUGUGAUUAA